GCGAAUGUUGAGUAAGAGGGUUGUAGAAGUUAUGUAUGGCAACUAGCAAUGUCACUUACGAACUGUACAGCCUCAUCGUUGGAAUGUCAAGUGGAUUAUUUUAUCUUUUGUUGACUGGGACAGAAAUUAAACUGACCGUACAGUAGCAUGUCUGCAUAAAUAACAAUAUUUUGGAAGACAUUGAGACGAGUAAAAUUCAUAAUAGCCAGUCACUUUAGCUAGUCGUCAUGCAUUCGGUAGCAUUGAGCACGCGGAUAUGCUUAGGAGCACUGCGCUUUAUAAACAAAGGAUAUUUUCGUUUCGGCUGUGCAUUACCUUCAACAGUUGUCCGUUCAUUGUCAACAGCACCGCUUCUUAAAGAUAUUAAUCAACCAUUGAAACAGUGGUCAUUGGAAGUUAGCCCUUUCAGCAAAGUUAACGUGAAGAUUCGUUGUGACUUGUCUGUCUGCCCAUUGGAUCCGCAUGCUUUUCCCGAAGCUGACCGGGCUUUCAUCUCGGUCCAUGGCACAAAUGCUGACCAUGAGUUUAAACUGGAUGAUCUGCAUGUUCAUUACAGUGAUCAAAGUCAGGAACUACUUAUUCACGGUGAUAAGGUGACCAGCAAUGUCACUGUGGAAUUAACAGCGCCAAUAAAAUGUGAUCUUUUCAUCACAACUAGUGGAGGAGGAAAUGUCAACAUCCAGAAGAUGGAAAGUGAUGUUUGCAAAGUGCAGACAGAAACCGGCAACUGCACCUUGACUUCUAUUAGGAGUCACAAAGUGGAUGUGCUGUCAGCAGGGGGGAACAUCAUAGGAUUUGGCACCAUCCAUGGCAAUGUGGAUGUCUGUGCAAAGGAAGGCAGUGAGGUCAACAUUAAAAAGAUCCAAGGGUCCUUUAUGAAUGUCUCAACAGAACAAGGGCAGCUGAAAGUCAAAGCUAUCUAUGCAGAGUCCUCCAAAGUGUCAUCGUCAUCAGGGGAAAUUCAGUUGGGGCAUAUCCAUGGUGAUGCCAGCGUGCAGAGCGGAGCAGGAAAUGUAAAUGUCGAUAAUUCAAAUGGUGCUUUGAGAAUCUUGACAACCAGUGGUAAUAUUGAUACAUAUGUUGGAGAGAGGGGAUCAGCAGACCUGAUGACUCAGCAGGGGUCUGUGUCAGUACGGGUUCCUGCCUCUAUGAAAGCGGAAGUUCAGUUGUCUGGGGCAUCUGUAAAGAUCAGUUCUGACAUCAUGCUACACGAGGGUCAACAUGAGUCCAGAGACAGCAAUACAACUGUCACCGGUACUCUGAAUGGACCAUCAGCCAGAGAGCAAUGGAUUAAAGUUGAGGCUAAGAAAGGGUCGAUUAGCCUGAGGCCACAAAGCUGGUUCGAGUCUCUGAGACUUGAGAAGUAAAUGUGUCUGUUCCUACGCUCGGCCUCGGAAGGAUCGCUAAAGUUGUGCUUUUACUUCAGUCUACAAAUUCAAUCAGGUUACACUAGCAAGACACAUAAAUGGCUGUAACUGAGAUUAUGUAAAUGCCACACUGAUGAAGCAAGCCUAAUGCACUGAAAGUUGAAACAUGUAUGUAUUUGUGUAUGUAUAAAAUUUGUGUAUGUAUAAAAUUUCAUUUAUUUAGGUAACCCUAAAUAAAUGAAAACCUAUUGUACACAACUUAAAUUAAAAUAUGAAAAAAAUAUGUGCCAAAAAGAUACAAAAAAAGGAUGGCAUCCUUAAGGGGAGUUCUAAGUGUUGUGUUUCAGAAUGGCUUGAAAUGCAGGUCAGGCUGAUGUUGUUAAGAGUUAUCAGUAUUACUCCAGUGUCUCUACUGAGUUAUUGGGACCAUUUUAGUCUCUUGUGUAGAGGAUGCACUUGCACUAAGAUGUUUGUUUAGCUUGAGGAAACCAAAAUGAAGCCUGUGUACUGUAGGCAAAACUGACCACCAGAUGUAAUGUCUGUGAUGUGAUUACGCUGAUGAAAUCAAGGCUUUGGAAAAGGGGCAUGGAAACUUAACAGAACUUGUGCAGAAAGAGCAGGUUUCAUUUAAUGUAUAAAAUAUACUAUUUAUUUACACUGUAUUUGUGUUGCUGCUAAAAGUGCUAUGUGUAUCACAAUUUCUAAGGACAAGAAGGAGUAGCUCUCCCGAGAACAUAAAUCACGCACAAUAAGAAAAUGCUACCAUCUAUAAGUACUGCAAUAUGUGCUGUAUGUAAAAUAUGUACUAUUACUCCAGCUAUGAUAUACCAUAACUCUAUAAACUGUAAUGUUAAAAAAAAUAUGGAUGGAUGUGUUGUAUGAAAUAAAGACGUGCAUUUUUAAUAUUUUGUUUA